AUGGGGAUCACCUUGGGAACAAAUAAAGAUCCUAAUGACCUUUCAACACCAGAAAAGGCUGGUUUAAUGUAUAUUACAGGUGAAGAGGACGGUUCACCCGUAAAGGUUGAUGUAGCUAUAACAGAUUGCUCACUUAUUGAAUGUCAAGUUGCUUCAUUAGCAAACAUUGCUAGCAAUUAUCUCAUUUCAAAUCAAGAAGCUAAACAAAUGGGUACAUCUCAUCCCUCUAUUGUUCCAUAUCAAGUAUUUCCAACGAAAGAUGGUUUUAUUAUGAUUGGUGCUGGAAAUGAUAAACAAUUUAAAAUUUUAUGCAAUACAAUUAAUUACAAAGAUGAAUUAAUAAUUGAUUCAAAAUUUACUACAAAUUCGGAUCGUUUAUUUCAUCAGGAAAGAUUCAUGAAUGAAACUACUGAUCAUUGGCUAUCUUUAUUAUCUGAUAAGGAAUCAAUUAAUAAUAUUCAGCAAAUUUUUGAACAUCCUCAAAUUCUUGCUCUUGAAAUGAUACAAGAAGUUGAUCAUCCUAAAGCUGGCAAAAUUAAACUAACAGGUAUUCCUGUUAAAUAUAGUAGAGAAGUAUUGAAAAUAAGACCACCACCUCCAACACUUGGACAACAUACACGUGAAAUUUUAACUGAUUUAUUACAUUAUACUAAUGAGAAAAUAGAUCUUUUAAAAGAAACUGGGGUUAUUUAG